GAAACAUAUAUCACCAUUUUGUGUAAGUUGUAUUGCCAUGGUAACAUAUAUUAUCACCAUCUUGUGUAGGCUGUAUUGCCAUGGAAACAUAUAUCACCAUUUUGUGUAAGUUGUAUUGCCAUGGUAACAUAUAUUAUCACCAUCUUGUGUAAGUUGUAUUGCUAUCAUCCUCAUCCUGCAAAUUCACAUCUUUGUAAACUACAUUAUUUUUGCUCAAUUUUAUUUACACCUCGUUUAUACAUCCAUUAUGAUUAAUAUUUCUAGUAGAUCAAAACUCCAUUCCUCACUAAUUUGAAAGUUUCAUUAUUAUUGGACGGGUAACUGGGCCCCGAAAUACAACACAUUAUGUUGUUCUUCUGUGGGAGAGGGGGGUGGGGCGGUCGGUGCACUAUGUAAAACAACCUAAGACAUGCUCAAGGUUUCCACACUCCUUGAAAAUCCUGGAAAAAUGAAAACGUGAUUUCCACUACUGGAAAAUUGACUUUUGUGAUUUCGCUAUAUAUUUUAAGAUAUAAAACUGAACGUAGUCAUCAAAUGUUUCAUCAAAAGUUCACGAGUUCGUCUCUGUAAAUGUUUUUCAAGCAUCAUAAAAAUACAUUCUAUACAGGGACUCCUGAAAUCUGGUAAAUAACUCCUGGAAAACUCCUGGAAUUUUAAAUGUUCUGAGUUAUGCACACUCUGGUGUUUAUUCCUUAUAGAUUUGUGAAUAAAUUUAUAGGUUUUGAUAUGUCGUCACCAUUCCAAGAUGAUGAAGAUGACGUCAUGCUCGGUUUCUAGUUUAUAUAGUACUAACCUCCUUGUACACCAUGUAAUCUACAUUAUAGUUGUUUGUGUGAAAAUAUAUAUAGGCCCAACAUAGGCCUAUCAAAAAUUUGUUAAUUUCCAUGAUGGUAAAAAAAAAACCCCAAGACUUUGUCAUUCUCAUUUAAUAUGAUUACUUUCUUUUGUUAUUUAAUUUAUAAUCAUAUUUGUUUCAGUUUUCUUGCUUUCUAUUUCACUUAAUGUGUUCUAGGCCUCCUAUAUUCCACUCUAAAGAAACUGUUAUAUUUCACUUAAUAGGUUACAGGCCUCCUAUAUUCCACUCUACAGAAACUGUUAUAUUUCACUUGUGUUCUAGGCCUCCUAUAUUCCACUCUAAAGAAACUGUUAUAUUUCACUUAAUAGGUUACAGGCCUCCUAUAUUCCACUCUACAGAAACUGUUAUAUUUCACUUGUGUUCUAGGCCUCCUAUAUUCCACUCUAAAGAAACUGUUAUAUUUCACUUAAAAGGUUACAGGCCUCCUAUAUUCCACUCUACAGAAACUGUUAUAUUUCACUUGUGUUCUAGGCCUCCUAUAUUCCACGCUACAGAAACUGUUAUAUUUCACUUGUGUUCUAGGCCUCCUAUAUUCCACUCUAAAGAAACUGUUAUAUUUCACUUAAUAGGUUACAGGCCUCCUAUAUUCUACGCUACAGAAACUGUUAUAUUUCACUUGUGUUCUAGGCCUCCUAUAUUCCACUCUACAGAAACUGUUAUAUUUCACUUGUGUUCUAGGCCUCCUAUAUUCCACUCUACGGAAACUGUUAUAUUUCACUUAAUAGGUUACAGGCCUCCUAUAUUCUACGCUACAGAAACUGUUAUAUUUCACUUGUGUUCUAGGCCUCCUAUAUUCCACUCUACAGAAACUGUUAUAUUUCACUUGUGUUCUAGGCCUCCUAUAUUCCACUCUACAGAAACUGUUAUAUUUCACUUGUGUUCUAGGCCUCCUAUAUUCCACUCUACAGAAACUGUUAUAUUUCACUUGUGUUCUAGGCCUCCUAUAUUCCACGCUACAGAAACUGUUAUAUUUCACUUAAUAGGUUACAGGCCUCCUAUAUUCCACUCUACGGAAACUGUUAUAUUUCUAGUGUUGGUGGAAACUGCAUUCAAGCUACAUUAUGUAAGAGCUAAAUCAGCCUAUUGGAGGCCUUUAUUCUGUCUCCAAAUCUGAUAUAAAUUAUUAAUUAAAUGAAUUUGAAAAUUCGACAUAUAUAAAUAUUUGAUAAAAAGGAUAAUUGAGAAACAAAAUCUGGAUCUAUGCUACAACUUCUAACAGUCGCACCUACGCCUAGAAUAAAGUAAUUUGAAUGAAAGUUUCAAUAUAAUCCAUUUUCAUUAUCUUUUUUUGAACUACAUGUAAUAUAGCAAGAACAGAAACCUCUUUUAUCUAAAUCUUACAGCUUCUACUUUUGUUUUUGGUUAGUUCUACUUUCAUUUUAUUAUUUAGUUUUUCUACUUCCUGUAUAUUUGUAUUAUAGGUCAGCUAUACUGUAUGAUAUAUCAAUGUAAAUAAACUAUUAUAA